AACAACAAUGGUAUCUUCUUCUCUUUCCUUUCAUUCCAUCGCCGCCGCCACCGUCAACCCCAUCUAUGCUGUCCGUUCAACCUUCCGCCGCAACAGCCGCCAAUAUUUCUCAACUGGAGUGAGUUGCAGAGGACAGAGUCCUCCUACUAACGAGCCACAGACAACAACAAGUAAAGGAGGAGGCGAGCCGGAGAAUGUUCUGCUCAAAAUCGCUUGGUACGGCUCAGAGCUACUCGGAAUCGCCGCUUCAGCUUUCAGGUCUCCGGCGUCUCCUCCUCCUCCUACUACGACUGAGCAAGACUAUGAGAUUCCGGUUGAUUGUUCGGGACGAGCCGUUCGUGUAGCUGUCGUGGACUCGAUCAAACACGACUUCAAGCGGUCGUAUUUCGUCACAGGGGACUUGACGCCGGCGGUGUACGAGGAGAAGUGUGAGUUCGCUGAUCCAGCUGGUUCCUUCAAGGGACUUGCUCGUUUCAAAAGGAACUGCACUAACUUCGGAUCAUUGAUUGAGAAAUCAAACAUGAAGCUAAUGAAAUGGGAGAACUUCGAGGAGAAAGGAGUUGGGCAUUGGAAGUUUAGCUGUGUCAUGUCGUUUCCAUGGAAACCCAUUCUCUCAGGUAAAAUGAUUAGCUCUGAGCUCAUCAUAUCAAAGUUUUUAUCUUUCUCAAUUACUGAUGUAUGGGCUUAUGCAAGACAUGUGGAGCAUUGGAAUGUCCCUAAGAUUGCUUUGUUCAAGCAACUACUGAGACCUAGCCGUGGACUAAUGGGGACGACACAAAACUAGCAGUGCAGUGGAUGAUGAUGAAUGUUGAAGUCACUUUUUUCUUUCUUUCAGAUUCCACUUUUAAAAACAGUAAAUAUAUGAAAUUUCCCUUCUUUGAAGUUAUAUGGAUACUAUCUGUAAUUAAUCUAUCGAAUAGACAUGCUUUAAGCUCAAUAAUAAGAUCAUAAAGUUAUGAA